CGGGGAGGAUUCCGCGGGGCGGUCGCCGGGAGGUGCGGAAGCUAGAAGCUGCGGCUAAGAUGACCCAGGCCGAGAAGGGGGACGCGGAGAACGGGAAAGAGAAGGGCGGGGAGAAGGAGAAGGAGCAGCGCGGCGUGAAGCGGCCCAUCGUGCCCGCGCUGGUGCCGGAGUCGCUGCAGGAGCAAAUUCAGAGCAACUUCAUCGUUGUCAUACAUCCAGGUUCAACAACACUAAGGAUUGGUCGGGCCACUGACACACUUCCUGUCAGCGUUCCUCAUGUCAUUGCACGAAGACACAAACAACAAGGGCAGCCUCUGUACAAGGACAGUUGGCUCCUAAGGGAGGGUCUAAAUAAACCUGAAAGUAAUGAACAAAGACAAAAUGGUCUUAAAAUGGUGGAUCAAGCAAUAUGGUCUAAAAAGAUGUCAAAUGGUACAAGAAGGAUUCCUGUGUCCCCUGAACAGACACGUGCCUACAAUAAGCAGAUGCGACCUGCAAUUUUAGAUCACUGUUCUGGAAAUAAGUGGACAAACACAUCUCAUCACCCUGAGUAUUUGGUAGGAGAAGAGGCCUUGUAUGUUAAUCCACUGGACUGUUACAAUAUUCACUGGCCUAUCAGGAGAGGUCAGUUAAACAUUCACUCAGGCCCUGGGGGCUCCCUUACAGCUGUUCUGGCAGAUAUUGAAGUAAUAUGGUCUCAUGCAAUACAAAAAUACCUAGAAAUCCCACUGAAAGAUUUGAAGUAUUAUAGAUGUAUCUUGCUAAUUCCUGAUAUCUAUAAUAAACAGCAUGUGAAGGAACUAGUGAACAUGAUACUAAUGAAGAUGGGUUUUUCAGGAAUUGUGGUCCAUCAGGAGUCUGUGUGUGCCACCUUUGGAAGUGGCUUAAGCAGCACUUGUAUUGUAGACGUUGGGGACCAGAAGACAAGUGUCUGCUGUGUGGAGGAUGGAGUGUCUCAUCGAAACACUCGGCUCUGUCUGGCAUAUGGGGGAUCUGAUGUGUCAAGAUGUUUUUACUGGCUAAUGCAGCGAGCUGGGUUCCCUUACAGAGAAUGCCAGUUAACGAAUAAAAUGGAUUGCCUUCUUCUGCAGCACCUCAAAGAAACUUUUUGUCAUUUAGAUCAGGACAUCUCUGGGCUUCAGGACCAUGAGUUUCAGAUUCGACAUCCAGAUUCUCCUGCCCUUCUUUACCAGUUUCGAUUAGGAGAUGAAAAACUCCAGGCUCCAAUGGCUUUGUUUUAUCCAGCAACUUUUGGAAUUGUUGGACAGAAGAUGACGACUUUGCAGCACAGAUCCCAGGGUGACCCUGAGGACCCUCACGAUGAACAGUACCUUCUGGCCACGCAGAGCAAGCAAGAACAGUCUGCAAAAGCUACUGCUGAUCGGAAGUCUGCAUCCAAACCUAUUGGAUUUGAAGGCGAUCUUCGUGGCCAGUCCUCUGAUCUUCCAGAAAGACUCCAUUCGCAGGAGGUGGAUUUGGGGUCUUCCCAGGGAGACUGCCUGAUGGCUGGCAAUGACUCUGAGGAGGCCCUCACUGCACUGAUGUCCAGGAAGACUGCCAUCUCACUGUUUGAAGGAAAAGCCCUGGGCCUGGAUAAAGCCAUCCUUCACAGCAUAGACUGCUGUUCAUCUGAUGAUACCAAAAAGAAGAUGUACAGCUCCAUCCUAGUGGUGGGCGGUGGUUUGAUGUUUCAUAAAGCUCAAGAAUUUCUGCAGCACAGAAUUCUCAAUAAAAUGCCACCUUCUUUCAGGCGUAUUAUUGAAAACGUGGAUGUGAUCACAAGGCCUAAGGACAUGGAUCCCAGGCUGAUUGCAUGGAAAGGAGGGGCAGUGUUGGCUUGUUUGGAUACAACACAGGAGCUGUGGAUCUACCAGCGAGAGUGGCAGCGCUUUGGCGUCCGCAUGUUACGAGAGCGGGCUGCUUUCGUGUGGUGAGACGGGACCAAAGUCACCGCUGAAGACCAGAAACAAGCUUCUUGGUACCAUCACACACGUUGCUGAUGUCAUUGGAAAGAAGGAAGAUUACUUUAUCUGCUGCUUUCUUCUGAGUGAGAACGUCCGCUGAGCACCAGGGACCUUGUUACUGCCUGAUGGGAGAAACACGCAUCACCUGAAGCACACUGACCCUUAAACCUCAAAGAUCAGUGCUCUUAUUCAAUCCUUAUCUUUUCAGAUAAAUUCAAAGAAACUAUUUAGGUUUAAGGUACUUGGUUUGAGGUUGGUAGUUACAAAUUCCGUAUUUUUAAUGGUCUAUAUAAACAGGGCCACCGGACCUCUACACUUGAUGUCAUUCAUACUUUGCGAUAACUCAGUUAUUUGUACCAUCUUCACCUGCAGGUGGCCGUUUCUUUAUAGUCCUGUAAAGUUAAAUGGUGCCCCAUUUCAGCCCCUGAAACUUACCUCAAAUUCUGCCCUGUACAGUGCUAUAAAAUAGAAAUUCUAUAUGAAACUUCUAUAAAUAAUACAGGUCAAACAGCAUUCCCUAAAAGUAUUCCUGAGUUAAAAGUGCCACCUGGCUUUCUUAGCUUAGAAAGAAUGUGGAAUUAAUCUUGCUCUGUCUACACGAUCACAAAUGACUCAAGAGUGUAUUUAUAAAAUUCCUUUACUACAUGUAUAGAAAGAAAAAUGAGAAGUUUGUGAUGGGUCUGCCUCUAGCUGUUUAUCCAUGUAAAUACUGAUUUCUAUAUUCAAAUACUUAAUAUUACAGAGUUGGCCAAGACUAACUAUGAGAGCAGAGUUGAUGCUCGCACAAUGCAGGGGUUAGGAGUGCCAGCCCCUGUGCAGUUGAAAAUCCACGUAUAACUUCUAACUCCCCCCAAACUUGUUGACUCAUGGAUAACAACAGAGUUACUAACACACACACUUUGUAUAUAACGUGUAUUAUAUGCUGUAUUCUUUUUUUUUUUUUUUUUUGUGGUUUUUGGCCGGGGCUGGGUUUGAACCCGCCACCUCCGGCAUACGGGACUGGCGCUCUACUUCUUGAGCCACAGGCACCACCCUAUAUGCUGUAUUCUUAAGAUAGCUAGGGAAAAAUGUUCUUAAAAUCAUAAGGAAGACAAAAUACAUUGACUAUUAGGUGGGAGUGAGUCAUCAGUAAGGUCUUUAUCCUCAUCACCACGUAGAGUAAGCUGAGGAAGAGACAGGAGGGGCUGGCCUGGUGUCUGGGGGGGGGCAGAGGCAGAAGAGGUGGGGAAGGCCGAGCGGGGCGCAGGGGCAGAUACGCCGAGUGGAGCUUUCCGGGAACGCAUCGUAAUUGCUGACCUUUGUAAUUUCUCUAGAAAUGUUUCUCUGUGAAACUAAUCCUUCUACCAUGUUCUUUAGUUUCAGUUCCCGUAUCGUAGAAGGACCAUAUUGUAAAAGAAGUCAAAAGCAGUCUUGAGUAAUUGGAACCUUCUGCCAGACUGUCUAAUGUUCGUUUUCUCACUGCUUCCCUGUCGUCUCGUCUGGCACUGGUUCAGAAGUCCUCAUCUCCAUCAAGUCGUCCUCUGUUAAUUCCUCUGGUGUGGUGUCUGUAAGCUUUUAAAUUUCUCCCAAGAUCCACAUCCUGAAAUACUUCGCUCCUCUGCCCCCACGUCUUUUGCCACAUCCACAAGUCCUUUCACGAGUUCCUUGAUUGGCUCUGUCAUAAUUCCUAUAAAGUUGUGCACAACAUCUGGACCGUUUUCCUCAGCAGGAAUUUAUUGUUUUUAGCAUUCACAGCUUCUUCUAUGAUAUAGCAACAGCGGCGUUUUAAUGGUGUGAUCGUUCCAGAUCUUCACGAUGUUUUGGGGGGAUUCUCUUCUGUUAUGUUGACAGUCCUUUUCAGAGUACUAUGUGUAAGGAGCUUUAAAGGUUCUUUAUGACCUCCUGAUCUAGAGGCUGAAUUAGAAACACUGUCUUUGCAGGCAAGACGACUUUGAUGCUUUUGGGGUUGAACUCAUGGGAUUCUGGGUAGCCAGGGGCAUUUUCCAAUAUCAAAAGAACUUUAAAAGGCAGUCCCCUUUACUGGCAAGGUACUCUCUGGGACAACAGGGACAAAGCAUCAAUGGAACCAAUCCAGAAAAGGGGUUUUUGUGGUCCAGGCUUGGUAGCACAGAAGACUGGCAGUGGGUGUUUUAAUCUUUUCCCUUCGAGGGUUGGGAUUAACGGCUUUAUGGAUACAGGCAGUCCUGAUCAUAAACCUGACUGCCUUUUGCACAACAGCAGAGUUUAGUCUGUUCCUUCCGCCUUAAAUCCUGUGCUCGCUUGUCUUCCAUACUAGUAAAUGUUCUUUGUGGCUCCCCUCUACUCCCCCUGCCCCCAGAAUAGGUGACUUUGAUCUGCAUUAAAAACCUGUUCAGGCAGCUAGUCUUUCUCCUCACUGAUUUUUCCUAAUGCAGUCUAGGAACUUGUCUGUUGCCCCUUGGUUGGCAGAGACUGCUUUUCCUGCUACCUAGAGUUAUUUUUUUAGUCAGACUUCUUGCUAAAAUUAUCAAAUAUUGGGCGGCGCCUGUGGCUCAGUGGGUAGGGCGCUGGCCCCAUAUACUGAGGGUGACGGGUUUGAACCUGGCCCCAGCCAGCUAAAACAGCAGUGGCAACUGCAACAAAAAUAGCCGGGCGUUGUGGUGCGCGCCUGUAGUCCCAGCAACUCGGGAGGCUGAGGCGAGAAUCACCCUAGCCCAAGAGCUGGAGAUUGCUGUGAGCUGUGACGCCAUGGCAUUCUACUGAGGGCAACAAAGUGAGACUCUGUCUCAAAAAAAAAAUUAUCAAAUAUCCUUUGCUGGCAUUAAAUUCUUCAAUUUUAGAACCUUCGCCUUCCUUUCGCCUAAAGUUGUCUUAUAAUGAAUGACUUUGCUGAUUCUCAAAUCAUAACAGAAUCUAUAGGUAUGUUUUUCUUACAGUAAUCCUGCAUCCACAUAAAAGCUUCAUUUUCAAUACCAGAUAAAAAGGUAUUUAACAGAAAGUGCAAGAUGUUCAUUCAUACUUGCUGGCGCCACAGCUUCACUAAUUUCUUUUUUAUUUCCCCUUUUAUUCUUAACAGUGGUUGUUAUUUAUGCUGUAUUAUCUUGACGUGGCAGGCAACUGCAGCUGCAGACCUUAACCUGCAGUUACAUAUUAAGCAAUUCACCUUUUUCUUAUAAUGUCAUACUUUUCUCUGCUUGUUGGGAGCACUUCUAGAAAUCACUAGUGGCACUUGGCACAGGUCCUGGUGUUAUUCAACAUUUACAGUAGUGCACUGAACAGGAAAAACACGUGUGAAUUUUACUGCGAAUACGUAAUUUGCUGGAGAGACAAACUGUUCAUUUGGCGAUGAUUAGCCUCCCACGGGGUUUGAAGCUGAUGCGCACAACGCUUGAGGCUCACUGCAAUAGCAACAGGAGGCGGCUGUGAAAGUAUUACAGUCGUAUAGUAUGGAAAGCAGUAAAUUUUAUGCAGUUAUGAUUUAAUUCUGCACCUUUAUUUACUUUUCUCUCAAUUGUGAAUGGCCCGAUAAACUUUGGCUUUUUAUAAUAGACUUGUGUGUAUUUUAUGGUAGUAAAUGAUAAAAUAGAUGAGUAUCUAUAAUACAUGUAUUUUAUGCAUUCUUGACACACCUACCCUUUUGCAACUCUAAAAAACUUUGAUAGAUUUACUAAAAAAAAAGGUCACAUGUACGUGUACCUACAUGGUUCAAACUUGUGCUAUUCGGGGUUCAACUCUAUAUGAAUCUAAGUGAAUGUUUUCCUUAGGCCUCAGAAAAACUAUUUAUAGAAAUUAGGAACUAGCAAGGAGUGCCUGUAUCAGGGAAAAUGCAGUUUAUCAUCGUUCAUCUUUUGCUCCUUUCAAUACUUGUAGUUGCCUCCCUGGUAUUCACCAGACCCGGAAGUCCUGACUAUGCUUUACCCUGGCAGAUGUACUCCAGCUGUGACCCUGGAGUCUCUGUAGGAACACUGUAAAGCAUUAAAAACAUGCUUCCAGCUCUGGGAAAUGCCAGCAUGUGAUUGCCGCUAGAGGAACUUGCUUUAAAAAAAAGUUAAAAUGUUAUUUCCUCAUUAGGUUAUCUUUAAAAACUCAU